AUGGGCCGGAAGAAAAUACAAAUAUCUCGGAUUACAGAUGAACGGAAUCGACAGGUUACGUUCAACAAAAGAAAAUUUGGAGUGAUGAAGAAAGCUUAUGAGUUGAGCGUCCUGUGCGAUUGUGAGAUUGCCCUCAUCAUCUUCAGUUCAAACAACAAACUCUACCAAUAUGCUAGCACUGAUAUGGACAAGGUAUUACUGAAGUACACCGAGUACAACGAGCCGCACGAGUCGCUAACCAACCGGAACAUCAUCGAGGCGCUAACGAAGAAAGAGCAUAAGAACGGAGUGAUGUCACCAGACAGCCCUGAAGCGGAACCGGAAUACAACCUGACUCCCCGCACUGAAGCGAAGUACUCGAAAAUCGAUGAAGAAUUCCAAAUGAUGAUGCAAAGGAACCAGUUGAAUGGGAGGAGCGUGGGAGUUGGAGUGGCAGGGAGCAAUUAUAAUCUUCCUGUCAGCGUUCCAGUGGGAAGUUACGACCAAUCACUGUUACAAGCUAGUCCUCAGAUGCACACCUCUAUCAGUCCACGGCCUUCGUCUUCGGAAACCGAUUCAGUGUACCCAAGCGGUGGAAUGCUCGAAAUGUCAAACGGAUACCCAGGUUCCGGCUCGCCUUUGGGCGCCGGUUGUACGCCUUCCCCAUCCCCGGGACCGGCUCCCUCGCCCCACCGUCAUCCCCACAAGCAUGCUCCCCCGCCCCACCACUCACCACGGCAUAACAACCUUCGCGUCGUCAUACCCAGCUCUAUGCCACCGCCACAAGAUGAUAUCUCGUAUACCGGAGAGACACCGCUAAGCUACCCAGGACUUGGAAAUUUCGGACCACAAGACUUCAGCAUGAGCUCAGACAUGGGGAUUGGACUAUCGUGGGGCGCGCACCAACUGCAUACACUACAGCACAACAGGUACAUUAGCAGCUUGCCAGUGUUAGGUGGCGGGACGCCCCCACCGGCCGCGUCGCCUAGCAACGUGAAGAUAAAAGCCGAGCCAGUGUCGCCGCCACGUGCGCCUGACCAUCUACAUAGAGGUCAACCCGCACCGCAGCCCGCACAUAUUUCUGGCGUUAUUGAUGGUUCAAUAAGUUCAAGUAACCUGGGUUCGCCUGCAGGCCAAGACAUGCGGCACAGCGCCGUGCCGCUGGACUACGAGCAGCCACACACGAAGAGGCCGCGCAUCGAGGGUUGGGCCACAUAG